AUGACUUUCAUUCCUAGUGAAGCCGCCAUGGUUGGUACGGGUCAAUUGCCAGUGACAGUGCUCUCUGGCUUCCUGGGCGCCGGAAAGACGACGCUGCUCAAGCAGAUUCUGAAGACUGCGAAUGCAGAUCCCGAGCAAACACCGAUGAAGAUUGCAGUCCUGGUGAAUGACAUGGGUGAGAUCAAUAUUGACGCAUCGGAAAUCAAGAACUCCAGGCUAAUCCAGGAAGAGGCUCGGAUGGUCGAGCUUCACAACGGUUGCAUAUGCUGCACGCUUCGCGAGGACUUGUUGAAGACUGUCAAGGAGCUUAGCGAAGAGCAAGCCUUCGACUACCUUGUUGUUGAAUCCACAGGCAUAUCGGAGCCUUUGCCCGUGGCCCAAACCUUCACAAUGAAUAUUGAUGAGGCGGUGCCGAAGAGCGGCGAGAAGAUGUCGUUCCAGACGUUGUCGAACUUUGCGCGCCUAGACACGAUGGUGACAGUUGUGGAUGCACUGAAUGUUUACGAUGCUCUGGGCAGCAUCGAAACUUUGGCCGAGAGAAAUAGUACAGGCAUGGUGGGAAACACCGGGCUCAGAGAUGAGAAGAAGGGGGAGGUCCCCCCAACUGGAUUCUGGGCCUCUCUCAAAGCGGCUGCAUGGCGAGCUUUCCUCACAGCCCACAGCAUCGAGCCUGCGCCCGAAGUGGAAGACGAUCGCAGCAUUGUGCAGCUGAUGCUGGACCAGAUCGAGUUCGCAGACAUCAUCAUCCUAAGCAAGGCCCCACUCAUGGAGAAACCAGAAGCCAUCUCCGAGAUCAAGUGCCUGCUGCAGAGGCUAAAUCCAGAUGCGAAGGUCAUCGUUCCGAUGGAGGAGCACUUCACGGAUCUCACGGCACGCGCAGUGAUCAACACAGGUCUUUUCGACAUGGAGAAGGCAGAAGCAUCAGCAGACUGGAAACGCGAGCUGGAGAAAGAGAAGGUUCCUGAGACUCUCGAGUACGGCAUUGCGAGUGUGGUCUUCCGCAACCACUCCCGUCCUUUCCACCCGGCAAGGCUGAAAGCUGCAUUUGCUGGUUUUGGCAAUUACGAGACAAGCAUCGCUGCUGCCAAAUCUCGCUCACAACAAGGAAAUGCCGGGGAGGAAGUGGGCCAAGCAGGCCCUUCGUCGUGCGAUACUGUAGGACCCUUCCAAGGUAUAGUGAGCGACGCCCAAGGGCCCUUCCAGGGCGUGGUGCGAGCCAAGGGGCGAUUGUGGAUUGCAAGUGCUCAUGCCCACCCAGUCGAGUUUCAGUCUUCUGGUCGCCUCUUCAACCUGAGCGCCUCAGACAGGCCCUUCCUGGAUGCACUUCCGCAGGAGAAGUUUGACGACUUCUCGCGAAGGCGCUUCAGCAAGGUGCUAGCAGAGAUGAAGGAGGAGGGCCGCUGGCACGACGAGUCUGGCUAUGGUGACCGAGACUCCGAAGUUAUUUUUAUUGGUGUUGGCAUCGAUAAGGCCAGGAUCCUCGAGGCUUUGCAGGAGGCUUUGUUGACUGACCAGGAGCUUGCGGAGGGCCCAGAGAGAUGGAAGGAUUUCGAGGAUGUUUUCUUCAAUGGUGCCUACUUUAGUCCCAGUGUCCCCGGCAUGUGCUAG